AUGAACGAAAUUCCGUCAGAGAGUAAAGUGGAAGUAUGCCUACUGAGAAAUAAAAUACUUGCAAUGCUGGAGGAGAAGCACGAUGAGGAAUGUGUUCUCUACAAAUCGGAACACGUGCAAUUUUGUAAAUACCCAUUUGUCAAAGAACUACCUCACAAGCUUAUCAAGCUACACGCUGGCCAAACGUGGGUGCUGUACUGGUGCUUACACGCUAUGAAGCUCCUAGAACACCAGGUUGAAGGUGACAUCAUAGCAACAGCAAGGGAGUGGCUAGCAGCAAUUGAGUGCGAAGGAGGAGGCUUUGGCGGAGGCGCGGGCCAAAUUGCGCACGCAGGACUGACCUACGCGGCUGUAUGUAGCGCGGUGUAUUGUAACUUUCAGCCUCACCGGGAUUCUUUAGCUAGUUGGUUGCGAAGCCUGUUUACACCUGAUGGGGCCGUUCUCAUGCACAGGGAUGGAGAAGCAGACAGUCGUUCCGUGUACUGUGCAGUUGCGUCAUGCCAUAUGCAGGCAGUCCUGAGUAGUGACUUAAUCAGCGCCGUGGUUCCGUUUUUGGUGGACUGCCAACGACCAGACGGAGGCUUCGCUGCGGAGCCAGGUGCGGAGUCACACGCGGGUUACACCUGGUGUGCAUUGGCGGCACUGGCAAUCUGUGACAAACUAGAACUAGUGGAUUCACUGAAAGCUCUUGAAUGGUGCCUGAACCGGCAGAGUGUGCUGGAAGGUGGUUGUGACGGACGACCGAACAAACUGGUGGACGCAUGUUACUCAUUUUUUGUGUGCGCUUCCAUUGUCAUUGCCGGAUAUGCUUUAGGUAUACGACCUAAUUUCAGUCAUGGCGGACUAAAGAGGUACUUGCUAAAAUGUUGCCAGCCGUGUUAUUUGGCGUGGCUUGGAUACGAUAAACCAAUGAAGUCAAUUAAAGGCGGCGGUCUGUGCGAUAAGCCUGGUACCACCGCGGAUUGGUACCACACGUCUUACGGUCUAUCUGGCCUGUCGAUUACGUCCGACGACCUUGCGCAGACUUCGCCGAUACUCAAUGUGUGUAUAGAAGACUGGUUACGGCAGCGGGAGAUGCUCUCGAAGUGUGACGCCCAGUUCGGACCGGGGGAAGAAAAGUUCCACCGUUGGUACAACCCGUUUUCCGGCACCGGGGAUGUGGGAAAUGAAGGAGCACCGGCGUUCGAACGCGCGCCGUAA